GAGUCACCGCUCCCGGGCAGUAUAGCCGCGAUCUUAGCGAGCUGCAGCUAGCUGGCAUGAAGCAGGCGAGCAGCAUCCUCGAUCUCCGCUGACACCUUCUCACCAAACAUCUCUGUGACACAAAGUCAAGUCAUAACUGCUGACCGCUAUUCAUACAGCCUCGCAGCGAAGACGCCGGAGAGCUUCUUCCAAAAUGAUGGAAGAAAUAGACAGAUUUCAAGUGCCGACAGUCCACUCAGAGAUGCAGCCAUUGGACCCUUCAGCUUCUUCUGUUUCAGAGGGUGAUUCAGACACGAGGGAAGGGGAAUCAGUAGCCAUCAAUUAUAAGCCGUCUCCGUUACAGGUGAAAAUCGAAAAGCAGAGGGAGCUGGCCAGGAAGGGCUCAGUGAAGAACGGCAACGUGGGAAGUCCAGUUAAUCAGCAGCCCAAGAAGAACAAUGUCAUGGCCCGGACAAGACUGGUUGUCCCUAAUAAAGGAUACUCCUCACUAGAUCAAAGCCCAGAUGAAAAGCCUCUGGUAGCUCUGGACACAGACAGUGACGAUGACUUUGACAUGUCCAGAUACUCUUCUUCAGGAUACUCCUCUGCUGAGCAGAUCAACCAGGACCUGAAUAUACAGCUCCUGAAGGACGGCUACCGACUAGACGAGAUCCCUGACGACGAGGACCUGGACCUCAUCCCCCCCAAAUCCGUUAACCCCACCUGCAUGUGUUGCCAGGGAUCCUCCUCUGCCGCUUGUCAGAUCCAGUAACCUGCAUUAUCCCUGCCCACUGCACCUCUGUCUGCAGUGAGUUUACCAGUAGAACUGCAGCAGAGCAAGAGUUAAACGUUAAAUAAUAUUAAGAAAGGAAUAUAGUUCAGUAAAAAGGAGAAACAUAAAAAAACAGAAAGGUAGACAAACAGCCGUUGCUUCCUCCUAUGGUAGGACAUGGUUCUUAUCUCCGUCCAGCAGUUUGGGAACUUGUGGGGAAAAAAAAACACAGUUCUGGCUGCUUAUGGCAAAAGAUAAAAACUAAAUUUUUUUUUUCUCUCCCAGAGCAACUACUGAUUUGGUGAUGGGUUAACAACACUGAUUGGAUUUGGGUUCAUUCUCUUCCCCUGAUACAGUGAAGAUGGUGCAGUGAGUGUACCUGACUGGGAAAAUGAUUUAGAAAAAUCCUGGAUGCGACAGUAGAGCAUGGAGUGUAUGUAAAAGAUUCUGAAAGAUAGUGAGGUCUUCAUAUCCCCUGUGGGAUUUUUGGGUAGUACUGUGAACUCAAUUCUUUUUGACACUAAAGGUAGUACUGUAGCAAAUGCUUGGGAGUUGCACUCGUCUACAGUCUGACAGACACUUUUAUUGUUUGUAUUCUAUUUUUUAUUUAAACGUCCUUUGCUUCGUGUAUUUUUGUCAACUGUGAGUAAUAGUUUUGAGGUGAACAGACUGAGACAUCCUGGACUUCCUUUCUGUUUCACAGGUGCUUUCAUGCUAUCCUUCCAGUACCCCCUUCUCACUCUGUCAUUUAGAGAAACACUUUGGAAUAAGAAUAAAUAAAUUAAAGAAUAAAUUUGGCAUCUCAAAUAUAAAAGGUGACUGACAGUAAAAAAAAUUACGGAUGCAGAGCAAGGAUUUGCUGUAAUUUCUGUUAAGUUCUAUACAACAUUGCAUGCUAUAGUAUCAUUUACAGUACACAUUGUCCUCACCAGUUCUGUAAAUAUCAGUGAUUUGGUUUUGUUUUUUUGGUGAAACUUUAUGUUGUUGGAAUAACAACAUUUCUGAAGCACUUUAGCGUUGACUGACAGAGCAGAACUUUGUGACUGUAAAUGACUGACAUCACCUUGACUGGAGUCUGAUGUGCCACUGAAAGAAGUCCCAACAGGUACCCAAAUGCCCGUCAGCCAAACAAUGGCAAGAUAGCUGCUUAGAAUGUGGACUUUUCAUUGCUCAGGUGCCCAGGGCUGUUCUGCAAAGUCAUCUGUUCAGCUAAUUUGCUCCCCUGAGGCCUAGAGCCACUAUGGUGUACCGCCUCUUCCCCUGAAUUUUGGACCCAUCCCCAAAAUGGGUCCAAAAUUGUAUACUUCCAAACUGCGGUUUAGCAUUCUAUUAACUUUUAAUGCUCUACCAUUACUAAAACCCAUACUGAGCAGAAGAUGACAUAUGCUUGAUUCAAGUGCAAUCCAGCACCGUUUCAUUUAAUUGUUUGCUUGUUCUGGUGCAUUAACGCUACAUCAGUUCCGUUUCAUUGCAGUGUGUUUUGGGCAUAAACACACAGGAACAGUGUGCUUUUGAAGGUGAAUUCACAGAUUUCAGACGUUUCAGGCAGGUGUACUAAUGAGCUAUGCAGACAUUGGUGGGCCUUCAAGACACGGAAAGGUUUUACAACAUCCUUUCAUUCUCUUUUUUAAUGUUUAUCUCCUUUUGCCUCACUCUGCCAUGGGGUAUUCAUCUGUGGCAUGUUUGUUUAUUUCUUCCUCUUCCCAUUAUGGGAACAGGUUUUAUGGCGUGAAAAAAAUGCUUUUUUCAGGCUUUUGUAUGAAACCAUGGGUAACAAUUAUUGGCACAUUUAUUAGGCUAAAUAUAUUACUAAUUAAUCCAGAUGGGAAAGGAGCUGUAGACCUCAAAACUAGCAUGUUCUUGUGGAAAAAAAAUUCUGCUUUCUCAUUAUUUCUGUCUCUUAAACGCCACUGCAUUUGGUUCAGAUAAACUGCAAAAGGAAUCAGUGGAAGGACAUUUUAUAUUCAUUUAGUCAAAGAUUUCUUCUGGGUUUUCCCAAAAGUGGACACUAUUAUCAGGCUAUCAAAAGGUAUUUAGGGGAAUAGUAAGAACAUAUCUAAAUCUGUAAAUGGAGCGAGAUGACUAAAUGAGGUGUGAAAUUACACUUUGCCAACUUGGGAGAGUUGAAUGUGAUAUUUUUUUAUUUUAAGUUAUGUAGCUUUGCAGCUUACAUUUCAGUAUUAAUUUCACUGAUAAUGUUUGUUUUGAUAUGUUAUUAUUUCUGGAAUGUUCCACUAUGUGGCAAUUAUAAAAGACAGAACAAGCAAUUAUUGCAGUUUUCAAAAUGUAAAAAAUAUUGUUGAGAUAUGGUUUUACUGUGCCUCAUUUGCAGCAUUUCAGAAGUUCAAGUAGUAAAACAUCUUUAGAUCUGUUGCUUUUCAUAUUUUUGAAGAUGUUUGUUCAUUUCUUUAGAAGUGUUAAUCCAGUUACCCUGACAGAUAGUUGUAAUGCAGAGGGUCAUAAUGUUAUACUGUUUAAACCCAGAAUUUGAGAGUUUUGUUUUCAAUAGUUUUGACUUUUCCAUGUGCAGAAGCCUGACAAGCACUUGCUUCUAAACCCUGUGAAGCUGAUCACCUUUGCAUGACUGUCAGUAUGUUCUGUCUGGAUUCUCACUGAAAAUACACACAUGCACAUGCCAACAUCUUUACAUGCCAAUUAACAGUAAUUGAGGAACGUUCCAGCAAGUGGAAUUUUAUGUAUCAGAUGGAAAUCUCUUCUUGCUGGUUGACCUGUGCCUAAAACUCAAUGAAUGAUAGAGCAGUUUGCAAUAUAUGUCCUUUCCCUUUAAACCUGCUUCCUUCCCACCCUGCCUGGGCAUAUUAUGGGAUUGGAAGAUUAUUCUUUGGAGCCCCCUGAAUUUUGCCCCUGAGUCAAUUAUCCCAACUGAAACCGGGAAGUUUAGUGAGAAUAGAUAACUGUGCUGCUCUGCUUUUCAUUUGGGGUGUGUUUUCUUAAAGCAGUAUGUUUUCUAGUGGUUGUCUUCAAACAAAACUGCUGUUCAUUCCUUUAUCAUUAAUGAUGGUAUAUGGAAAAUGUUCAGAAUUCAUAUUCUGUAAGUCUAUUACUGUCUACGCGCCUUCAUUUUCUUGAUCUGAGUGGCAUGCAUUGACUUUCUAAUGCACAUGAUUGGGGAGAAAAUGAACCUAUUUUGAAAGUUCCAUUCACAGUGAAUUAUAUCUAAUACAUGUUCUUUUAAAUCCCUGCUCUGUAACUUUGUGUGGUCAUAGAAAAUUUAGGACUGGAUUUGAGAGAACUGAGAAUAAAUUAUUGUUUUAUUUUCUCCUUAAAGUUCUCUCUCUCUGGCAGAUCUAUAUUGUUAUGUCUGAUUCUUUGAUUGAUAAGAGUAUACAAGCACAUUCUGUACUGUUCUUUCUUGAUGGCUGGGAUUUCUUUCUUUGGGUCAGUUUACAGUGUAAUAAAUUUUGGUUACCUAGGAUUUCACCACCAGGUCUCCUCAACACAAUGACUUUGCUCUGUUUAAAAAAACCAUAAAGGGAUAAAUGCCAAUUAAUGUAUCAUUUUUAUUGAGAUCUCAAAAUCACAUUUGCUCACAGCUCUGAAUAAGUUUGCUAAAUUAGAGUAUGCCUUAAUUGAUUCAUUUUAUAGAACUUAUAUUUAUUGCCAUUGUUAUUUUAAUUUAUUUAUGAAAAGAAAUGUAUGCUUUUUAACAUAUGGAGGUUCAUUAUUAUUAUUAUUAUUAUUAUUAUUAUUAUUAUUAUUAUUAUUAUGUGAACAUUUCCAUACCAGUAUUUAACAUUAUUGUUCUGUGUAGUAUUACAUAUCAAUGAAUUAAACACAAGUGACAUGUCAAAUGAAAA